AUGGCUGACAGCGGAGAUGCGGUGAACAGUACGUCGUCAGGAAAAGAGGCUAGAAAUGCCGUCACCGAUGGACCUGUCACCGAUCCAGCAUCGAAUACCAAGAGCCUAGAGGCAUCAAAUAAUGCCUUUCACGGCGCGAGAACAAAAUUAGACUCGAAAUCUGGAGCUUUGAAGAAAUCCAGUCGUUACCGUAGUCGAUCUCUCUCGGCCAGUAGUACAGACAGUUAUAGUUCCGCAUCUUAUACAGGAAGCUCGUCGGACGAAGAUGAUGUGUCACCUCGUGAGAAGAUACAAAGCACAGAGACUGGUUUCACAGAUUUCUGUGUACGCAAUAUUACUCAACAUGCAUUCGGUAGACGGGAGAUAGAAAUAGCAGAACAGGAGAUGCCGGGAAUUAUGGCACUUCGUAAACGUGCCGCUGAGGACAAGCCUCUGAAAAACGCUAAAAUUGUCGGAUGUACUCAUAUCAAUGCUCAAACCGCUGUUCUGAUCGAAACGUUAGUAAAUUUGGGAGCGCAAGUUAGAUGGGCGGCGUGUAAUAUAUAUUCUACUCAAAACGAAGUGGCCGCCGCUCUUGCUCACGCUGGAUAUCCGAUUUUCGCUUGGCGUGGCGAAACGGAGGAAGACUUCUGGUGGUGCAUCGAUAAAUGCGUGGCCGCUGAGAAUUGGCAGCCUAACAUGAUACUAGACGACGGCGGCGACGCGACGCACUUAAUGCUGAAGAAAUAUAAUACCAUGUUUAAGAUGAUUCAAGGAAUCGUUGAAGAAAGCGUGACUGGUGUACACAGAUUGUAUCAGUUAUCUAAAGCGGGUAAAUUAUCCGUCCCUGCCAUGAACGUCAAUGAUAGCGUAACAAAGACCAAGUUUGAUAAUCUUUAUAGCUGCCGCGAAAGCAUUAUCGACAGCUUAAAGAGAUCGACAGAUAUUAUGUUUGGUGGCAAACAAGUUGUGAUUUGUGGCUACGGCGAGGUCGGUAAAGGUUGUUGUCAGGCUCUCAAAGGUUUGGGAUGUAUCGUUUAUAUAACUGAAAUCGAUCCCAUUUGUGCUUUACAAGCAAGCAUGGAUGGGUUUCGAGUAAUGAAAUUAAACGAGGUCAUUCGAAAUGUAGAUAUCGUCAUAACUGCGACCGGUAACAAGAAUGUAGUUACGCGAGAGCAUAUGGACAAAAUGAAAAACGGCUGUGUAGUGUGCAAUAUGGGCCACAGUAAUACAGAAAUAGAUAUUAACAGUUUACGCACGCCCGAUUUAAUUUGGGAAAAAGUAAGGUCCCAGGUGGAUCAUGUUAUCUGGCCAGAUGGAAAGCGGAUCGUGUUACUAGCCGAAGGCCGGUUAGUCAACUUGUCUUGUUCCAGUAUUCCAUCGUUCGUUGUAUCGAUUACAGCCGCUACCCAAGCGUUAGCACUGAUCGAACUGUUCAACGCGCCCCCCGGACGAUACAAAAGCGACGUUUAUUUGUUACCGAAGAAGAUGGAUGAGUAUGUGGCUUCUUUACAUUUACCGACGUUCGAUGCGCAUUUAACGGAAUUGACAGACGAGCAAGCUAAAUAUAUGGGACUUAACAAGGCUGGACCUUUUAAGCCUAACUAUUAUCGCUAUUAAAAAAAACGGAAUAAGUGACACGGCACGGUAUAUAUAUCCCCAAUUUGUGUUUAUAAGAAUAAAAAAUGAGGAUCACGUUUUA